UUAACAAAUUUAAAAAGGUAUAUAAAUCACACACAAGAAAUAUCGGCAAACUGAGCAAAUAAGGUUAAUCUUUAAUUAAAUUUAAUGGAAGUAUAUCUUUUCAAGUUUUCAGGACGCGAAAAUUCCCGUCCCAUUCUUACAAUGUUCGGUAAUCGGUUUGCAAAGAUAAUUGAUCUUACAAGAUCGUGGGUUCAGUACGGAAAUCCGGAAUAUUCCUAAGUGGAUUUAAGACGAGAUUAAAUCUAGCUCAAGAAGUUGUCCGGCUAAAGUGAUGGUACAUUUAAUAAUCAGAUUGCGGUUUGUUCUCUAAUUAAUUGUUAUAAAAUUUCUGUGGCUCAGUAUCACAGAGUAAUAGCGUUCGUGUGCGUCGACACUUGCAAACAGACAGAAAGAAGAAGGUCUUCGACAUGUGGUAGAGACUUAAUUUAUUUCACUGAAACAAUCCAUAAAAUUCUAUUUUUUUUUUUAUGAAAGAAAAGAUUGAAAUUAAAAUUUGUUUAGUUGUAAGUAAAAUUGAUCCAACGAUACAUUGAUGAGUAGGAUUGAAUCGAAUCAAAUCAGCGGAGAGACGGAAGGAUCGUGUAUCUUCUGCCGCGGCGUUUUCUGAUGUCGUCGUAGUUGUAGAAGAAAGAGAAAAUAUCUUUACGAAGUUUAUGAAACGAUAAUGUAACGAAAACACGAUACCGAACGAAAGCUCGAGCGAUACGAAUCAGCGAGAACACGAUGCCGGAAUAAUCCCCGGUGUAGCUUCUGGAUAUCCCGCGCGAUAUCCGUGGGCUUCGUUUCUUAGGAGUGUCCUUCCGCAAGUCUUUUUAAUCGAGCGCACGAGCAAAAAAUCGCCCAAGGACGCAAUAAAUCGCCCCUUUAUCGCAAUUCUCGGAACGAUAUUGCGUUUUGUUAAUGCUCGCGAGAACUCCCGUUCCAGUCGCUCUUCGCGGGAACAUUUAUUCGUGUCCAAUUUAUCGCGGCGAACUUAUCGCGAUUAGCAUCCUUCUCUCACGACACCUUCGUGCACUAUGCGUUGCAAAUCGAUAUUCAAUUUAAAGAGAAAUGAGAUUCCCUCCCCCCCCCUCUCCCUUGCACACAAUACAAAAUAUACAAUCUAUCAAUUUGUUUAUUUAAAGAUAUUAAAACAGGGAUAAAAGAAUUUAAAAGAGCAUAACGUUGCAAAGGAAGUUGCUGCUCCAUCCAACUCCAAUUCAACUUUAAAAAGAAAAAAAAAAAAACCGGAUCAAUUUCGAAAACACGAAUGAUGAGCCGGGUUUAUUUAUUCUGACAAUAAUAAGCAAAGAUAUAGCACACAGAAUUUAUGAGUUGAAAGUCGGAGAGAAUAAUAUCGCGGAAAUAGCGCCAAAGUAAAUUCGAUACUUGAACAAAGCCGUAUUAAUUUCAGGUACGUGGAUAUCGGUAUGCAAAACGCAUCGCCCGAGAUACGAGGGUGCGAAAGAGAGAUUUUUUACAAUCCCUUUUUAAUAUUCAACUCCUUUUGCAUCUUUAAAUUCCGUGGAUAUGAUUAAAACGAGAUAAUAGGAUUAGCUUUCAUCAGGAAAUACGUGAGAAAUGUACAUACGUAGAAUUAUUACAAUUAACAGUAAUUUGAUACGUUUGACAAACGCACAUUUUAAUAAACACUAUUUAAUUUCCGCAAUUAAAGAACAUUUAUUGCAAUUAAAUCCAAUUUUAUACAUUAAACAAUGUAUUAAAAAAACAAAAUUUAUUUCUCUUCAUAAACGCAAUUUAAUUUUUAAUUAACUGGGAUUCUUUCACCGCUAAAUCCGCUUUUAUAUAUUUUUAGUAAUGUAGAUUUUGAUAAAUAAAAUCUUCUUUAUAAUAAAGCAAAAUUAUUUUAACUAAAUAUGAAAAUUGUCAAUUAUUCGCUUCAUAAAUCACUGACAGAUUCUAAUGAGUAAAUAAAUUUGAAUUUUAAUUAAUAAUUUUGGCAAUUAUUACGAUAAAUAUAUUAUAAAAAAUAAAUUUAAAAACAUUUCUCCUGUCGUGUUACUAAUAAAACGUGUUAUUAAUUAUUAUUAAAUGUUUUAAGCCAUUUAUUUAUUUUCUAUUAAAAUUUUUUAUUAAAAAAGUCCCAUUUCAUUUAUUUGUGUUUAAGUGUAUUAAGACUCUUUUCUCUUUUUCUUUUCAAUUGUACUACUGGUUAAGAGACAUAGGGUACGUUGAUUCUUACAACUAACAAUAAGCAUUUUGAAAAUGUUUUCUAUCUGUUUCUGGCUUGUACACUCUUUUCCGCUCUAACAACAUUUAGAACAAGCAUGCUGUACAAUUCCAUUUUCCGGUAAAUCUCUCUUCCAUGAUAAAAAUACCUUGAGGACACCUGUCUCGAUGUUUGUCACAAGAAUUUACCGCUCUCAAGUUUCACGGAAAGAUGUCCACGUCCAGGGAAAGUCCAGGAAAUAUAGUUUUAAUGACACAUUGCGCUUCAUGACAUAAGAACAGUUUAACAUUUCAGUGUGUUCUCCAUGUUUUUCAGAAUUAGUUUCGGAGGAAAGCCAGAGUAAGAAAUUCAAAGGGGGCGGGGGUGUAAAAAUAUGUCGAUACGUCAUCGGUUUUCAUUGGAAAAGCAGAAAGUGUCAUCAAUUAUUUAUCGAUAAGACAUUGCAUCUCGCGUGCAUCUGUUACAAGGAGCGACGGCGAAGGACGAACAGGUGUCCCGAUGUGGGCAGGCCGUGCGGCAACGCUUGCGCGUCGCAACACCCUCGCCGGGGGUUGAAAAGCACCGGCGAGACAGCCGGUGGGGGAUGGCGGUGGCGAAAUGAAAGCCAGUGGGCUAGUAGUCCACGGCGAAGCAACCCCCGUGGAUCGCGCUGUUCGCCCUUCGCGUUCGGCUCCGAGGUCGAAUCACUCGCCCGUCGCCACCCCCGACCUGUUAUCAGAGGGAACGCGCGCGUUUGAAACCACCGCAGGAAAAUCCUUCGGGACCUCUGGAGUGUCCGUUUGUCCGCGGAGGAGAAAGUUCACCGAACAAUGUGCAGAGUCUUCGCGUGCCGUGAAAGUGCGCGUCUUGGUGGGUGAAAGUUUUCGACUGAGCGAUGACGAGUUCGACGACUCGUGCGAGCAUCCUGACGGAUUCUUAUGAUUACUCGUCGACUCUGUGGGAUGCCGUUUCCUCGAACAGCAGCGAGGCCGAUCUGGAAACGACGAGCGCGGGUCCCGCCGGAAGUCAGAACGACAGCACGGAAGAGCUCAACAAUUGGUGGGCGAUGCUCGCGCUCGUCCUCGUACUUGGAACAGCCGCGGGAAAUAUCCUGGUGUGCCUGGCGAUCGCUUGGGAGCGGCGCUUGCAAAACGUCACUAAUUAUUUCCUGAUGAGCCUCGCCAUCACGGAUCUUAUGGUCGCUAUCCUGGUGAUGCCGCUGGGGAUCCUUACGCUCGUGCGAGGAUACUUCCCGCUGCCGUCGGUUUAUUGCCUCGCCUGGAUCUGCCUCGACGUGCUGUUCUGCACCGCCAGCAUAAUGCACUUGUGCACCAUAAGCGUCGACCGCUAUUUGAGCCUGCGCUACCCGAUGAAAUUCGGGCGCAACAAAACGAAGAAGAGGGUGACGCUGAAGAUCACCUUUGUCUGGAUCCUGAGCAUCGCGAUCAGCCUACCUCUGAGCCUGAUGUACUCGAAGGAAGAUGAUUCAGUGCUGGUGAACGGAGCCUGUCAGAUUCCCGAUCCCCUCUAUAAAUUAAUCGGCAGCAUAAUCUGCUUCUAUAUCCCACUGGGAGUGAUGCUGAUAACGUAUGCGUUGACAGUAAGACUGUUAGCGGAACAACAGCAAAACAUCGGAGGGACAGGAGCAGGUUGGUCAUCGGGGUGGUUAGGUGCCCCUCAGGGUGCCCCGCAGGGUGCAUCCUCCGCGGCAGGGCUCGAGCGACGGGGCACCUGGAGGAGAUACCUCCUGAACAAGAGCUCGGGCGGUAGCGGCGGCACGCCGCAACACACCUCCGGCACGUCGACCGAUACCGAGCUGACCACCCUCGACACCCACGAACUCUGGCUACAGGAGAGCGAGCCACCACCCUCGGCCAUGUCCGCCCUUCACGCCUUCGGCGCGGAGAUGCUGAAGCUGUCGAGGGGUCUCGAGGGGAUGGCCAACAGCAGUCAGACUCCAUCAAAAUCGACGACCCACCAGCAUCAUCAUCACCAUCAUCAUCAUCAGCAACAGCAACAGCAGCAGCAGCAGCAGCAGCAAUUUUUGCAGCUACAGCACGGCCCAUCACCGCGCAGAUGCAGUUUCCGCAACGGAAAUGCGGAGAGCACGGAGAGCAGCAUGUCCUGUUCGAGAACGAGCUUAUCGGCGGAAGAAUCCUUGAGUCCUUGGAAGCAACGAAGACGAGCGUCUACCUACAACGAAGCUCAUAUGGAGAGAACGAUGCAGGUUCUGGACUCGCCGAAGGCACCCAGAAAGAGGUCUUUCAGCUUCCACGAGGAGUCGUCCCGUCGCAAAGGCGAGGACGACUCGACACGUAAAAAGUGUCACGACAGAUCGGAAGGUCCGCCAUCCUGUCCCUAUUUCGGGGAAUCCUCGAAGAAACCACUACCAAACGAGAUCGUGAUCGUUUCCAGCGACACCAUGAAGCCUACUGGUAACAGGAACCUAGAAGCGAGUCUUCCAGGUGAUACCACGAGACUCAUUGGCAACAAGGGUCCGGAAAUGGGUCUACUGGGUAGAAACAACAGUGCCAGAUCUACGGAGGGUGCCAAAGGUUACGAGCAGCUGACCGUCGCGAAUUCCGUGGUCACGUGGCGAAGCGGAAGACGAGGUUCCAGCCUGGGCAGCACCAGGACCCUGCUGUCCGCUAACGCGAGAGCGACGCCGUUGCGACGCGCGGCGACGAUGCGGGCGCACAACGGAGCGAUGGGCGCGAACGCGAGCCUGAACCAGAGCAAUCCGUCGUCGCCGAACCUCCUGAGGUACUCGGGCGGCCAGGUACGCAGUCACCACUCGCGCAACAGCAGCGUGAUAUCGCGCAACAGUUCACGCCACGGCAGGAUCAUCCGGCUGGAGCAGAAGGCGACCAAGGUCCUCGGCGUGGUGUUCUUCACGUUCGUGAUCCUGUGGGCGCCGUUCUUCGUACUGAAUUUAGUGCCGGCCGUCUGUCCCGACUGCGAGCGUCAUAUCGACCCCAAAAUCUUUGACCUGGUCACCUGGCUCGGCUAUGCCAGCUCCAUGGUCAACCCGAUCUUCUACACCAUCUUCAACAAGGUCUUCCGCCAGGCGUUCAAAAAGGUACUGCUCUGCAGGUAUCGGAAUCAGGAAUGGCGACCGCCCAGGUAGGCUCUGGGCCCCGGGAGACCGGGGAUCGCCAUUAGCAGAGUGUAAACGGCGGGAGGAAGAUCGAUGCGCGAAUUGCCGAUAAGAAUCAAAGGGACACUUCGUGCAAGGUUGCAACUCAUCGAACGGUGCUACUUCUACUCGCGCGAUUAGCUUACUUUUAAAAAAUAUUAUAACGAAAGCCUGAAUAGCUCGUAUUCUCUGCGCGCGCGCGCGCGCGCGUGUGUGCGUGUGUGUAUGCGGAUAGCGUUGCCGAUUGUUGACAGAUUAAAAGCUUUCUGUCAAAUCUUCUUAUCGGCAACUCCUGUUAACGUUUCGUAUCCAAUAAUAAUUUUAACGAAUUAAAAAAAUUUUUUUUUUAAUCUUUCGAUAUAUACGUAUAUAAUAUGUAUUAUAUAUAUACAUAUAUAGAGAUACAUACAGCUUCUACAUACACACACACACACACACACACACAUAUAUAUAUAUAUAUAUACUAAUACUUCAUAUCAAUUACAUAUCAAUAUGCAAUAAUAUGUAAUAUAUGUAAUGACGCCUAUUUUAAUAGUUUUAUAUUUAAAGGUAAUCGGUAUUUCCUAAAAAAAUAUUUUAGUAUGACAAAACUCAAAUCCUCUUUACUAGGAUUAUUUUUGAUAACUCAAACAAUCACGAAAUAAUUUUAUCUUUGCACAAAAUUUUUCUUUGCUUUGUAAUUUAUGCUGCACGACAACUUUUUAUUUUAAAUAAUUUCUUUUUUUUUUUUUUUCAAUUUAAUACUAAACGCGUUUUUACGUUUAAUGAUAAUUUCCAUUUUAACUGAUAUUUUAUCGCAAUCAAAUUUAUAUUUUAUGCUUAAACCCUCUGUAAUAAUUAUUAAAUAAUUAGCUUUAUAAAUCUGUGCUAAUUUUACGAACGUUUUUGCAUUUAGAACUUUCCAAUAGCCUGAUUGCGCGAGAGUUCGAAGACGCGAGUAAACAAUCCGAGUAGUAGUCCAAUAAGAAAGUUAUAACAUAGUACUUCUAAACACGCUUCCUGUAACCGCAGAAUCACCCGAUAAAAUACCACUGACUAAUUAAAUUCUCAAUUGAAUUUCCCUAAUUAAAUCUCGCACGGAGUAACGAGGAAUUUGUAAAUAAAAACGGAACGACGUGCGUUUAAUUAUAAUUACGAAGAGCGUAGAAUGUUUAAAUACGUGUGUGCGUGUGUGCGUGUGUGCGCGCGCGUGUCUGCGGGUAUAAUUAUAAAAAACUUGCUACAUAAGCUGUUAUCAAUGAAAACGGUGCUCAUGAAAAAAAAAGUGUGUCAAGUGUGAAGCCAUCGAAGAACGAAGAUAGAUUCCGAGUUCAACAGGACAAAUUAAAUGACAGAGACUCAAUAAAUGGCAUUAUGGUGUCGUCGAUAUAUACAAAAGAGAAAGUAUCUCCGAGAAAAGAUCUUUGAUCCUUUCGUUGUUGUUUCUGGCAUGUAAAUCGCCGCGCAAUAAUUAAAGAGACACGACAAAUUUCUUUUUAUUAUCCCCGAUUGAUUUAGCGGAAUGUUCAGUGUAUGGUCCCUCACUCCGGUAAGUAUCCCUUUCUCUUUUUUCAUAAGAAUUUUUAAGAGAUCUCGCAAACUCCAAA